AUAUUCCUCUUAGCGCCCCACGAUUUAUUAUGAUAAUUACUAUAGAUCAUGGCAAAUAUUAAUUUGUCUUCCGGUUUCGUAGUAUCGAAAACAAUAUUGACUAAGGGAAACAUUUGUCCUUUACCGUUAAUUGAUCUUGUUUUAAAGACGAUAAAUUUUAGUUUUAAAAAUGUUUUUCGCUGCGAGUUGGUGUUUGGGAAGAUGGAUAUGGAUUUUACCUAUAGUAACAAAUGUGUGGAUUUGGAUUUCAUUUGCAACAACAUAUGGGCUAGCUGUUGCACAGAAUCACACAUUUCCAGAUUUUCCAUAUAUUAGUUAUACUGGUGUAGAAGAACCAGAGAGUGGUAUAUUUACGUUCUGUGUUGCUGUGUCAGCUAUUAUGUUGGCAGCAAAUGCUGAAAUGAGAUUCCUAUUUAUUAGAGAAAAGAUGACAAGAAACCGAGCCAAUUUUAGUAAACACUGGCAGAGAUCAAAUACUGCUGGACUUGUUCUAGCUUUAUUGUCGUCGUUAGGUCUGUUAUUGGUAGCAUGCUUUCAGGUAGAUACUAUGAAGCCGCCCCAUUAUACAGGUGCUUUCCUUUGUUUUACAUUGGCAGUGGCAUACCUGUGGUUACAAACAGCUAUCACAUUCAAACUACAGAGAGCUAGAUGGGAGUUUGUGUGGCAAAUUAUUAAUUCUGUUGCCACUUGCAUAAUAUUUUUGCUGUUUUCUUUUUCAAAAACGUAUUAUAAAAUGCAGCGGAAGGCACAUCCAGAAUACACAAAAUGGGACAAAUUAAGAGGCGUGUUCUUGUUGUCAACAAUAACAGAAUGGCUACUAGCACUAUCAAUCAUGGCCUUUGUCAUAACCUUUGUGAGCUGUUUUAGAGAACUACGUGUAAUAACAAUAGACGUUCAGUUAAAAGAAGACCAUAACAGGUACCGAGAUCAGGAGAAUGGACAGCUACAAGAAGCAUUAACGGACCCUUCGACCGCUUAGCAUGAGGUUGUAUGAUUGAUUUCAGCAAUUAGUUAUCAUGACAAAAGAAGUAUGAUUCUGAUGAUGAUAAAGACUAUAAGACUAUUUGCAAAAGUGUUUUUGUGAUCCAGUGAGUGAUAUGUUUCACAUAGAAAUUGACACAUGGUUUGCUAGCAAUGUAUAUUAAGCCUUAUAUGCAAUUGUUUUUUUUUAAUUUAUUUUACAACAUAACAUUUUAGUUAUUAGUCUUUUUAUGACGUGAAUUUUUUUCCAACUUUUGAAAUAUUUUUGUAUUUAUAUUUGUUCUUUAAAUUAACCAUGUGGUGUGUUUCUAUUUUUAUAUGUUAAGUAUAUACAAUGUAAUUUUCAUAAUGUCUUUAUAUGGUGCCAGUUAUAAAUUUUUAAUUAUAUUGUAAUACAAUUGAUUAGUAACUAUACGAUGGUUAAAUGAAUUCAAAGAAACAUGAUUUCUGCCCAAAACGUUUUUGAUAAUUUAACUUAGGUCCAACGUACAUUGCAUUUACACUUUAACCUGGAGUAAGAUUAUUAUUUUUAACAGUGUUUACAAGGGUUAUUUUAGGAAUACUGUUAGUUUGGUAUAUGAGUUAAUGUUACAGUUGUCAACAUGUUUAUCUAAUGUACUUGAAAACAUGUGUAUGACAGACACUCAACGGAUGCAAUUUAAUUUUCAUUACUAUACUGGUGUCCGUAGAAACAUGACAUAUAUUGUUUUAAAAACUGUUGUAAAGAAUUGACUUUCAGUAGUAAACUCGACAAAAUUGUUAUAGAGGGAUACCAAACCAAUGAUCUUUAAAUUAAGUACAUCUUGUUUAAAUCUUAGAAUAUCCUAAUGCACUAUUGUGAAAUUGAAUUGUUUGUGUUCUAUUGCCAAAUUGAUAGAUUUUGAGGAGGUAGGCAAAGUCAGAACAGACUGUUAUUAAUAAUAAUAUUCAUAAAUUAUGCAAGGAGAAAGAUUUUAACUAUGGCAAAACAUUAGGUUUUGCUGUAUUCUAGUAGUUGAUUUAUAUUGGUUAUUUUUUAUAUAAGGAUGAAUGCGCUUUAUAUUCAAGUAACUUACAAUGUCAGCAUUUUCAAACUAGUUGCAUUUACUAGACCUUCAAUAACAGAUUGUGUUCUUGUUUCAUUUGUUUGUUAUUGAGCUACAAAUAUACAAAUACAGUUAUUCUAUAUUUAUAUAAAACAAACUGAUAUAAUAACUCACGUUUGAAUCUCUUGUUGGAUAUAUUAUUUUAUAUCUCACUUGAACAGCUGUUUAUCACGGGUAUUGUAUACAAUAUAUAAAAUAUAAUCUUCAGAUUUUAUUGCAAAACGAUGUUUUGUCGUUUCUGGUCAUAUAAUUAACCAAUUAUUCAUAAACGUAUUAUAUAUAAAGCUAUUAAAUGUUUAUGUCAUAAUGUUAUCCUUCAUUACCAAAGUUUGUAAUUAAUGGUAUUCGCUGCUCUUGUGUUUUUUACAUUUGUACUUUUUAAUCGGAAUCCUCUGGUUUUAUACAUGAACAUGUAGCUAUAUGGUUUUAUCCGUGUAGUGCCAUGGUUUUAUCCAAGUAGUGCCAUUAAAACGUUUGCCCGCUCUCUGCUUCCUUUCUCUUUCAUAAUUUUGAUACAUGAAGUUUCACAGCAUAUUUCUUCAAAUCUUCUAAGAUCCUUGUUAACUUUUCUUAUUUUUAUAGAAAAAAGGUACCAAUGAUAAUCUUAUAGAAAAAUCUAUAGAUAUUAAUAUCCCACCAAAUUUUUAGUUGGUUAUGCGCCCGUCUGGCGCAGAUACAAAAUAUCAAUCCUGUUAUAUUUGUUGGGUUUAUUUAUAAUAUGUAUCAAAAACAAGGACAAAGACCUUUGUUUUUUCCUGUAUUUUCAUCUCUUUUAUUUAUAUACUAUCAAUUAAUAAGUCUUUUAAAAGGUUGUUAUUUUGAAACAGACAAGCGAUAAUCCUUAAGUAACAUUAACCGAUAAGAAAGACAACUCUGAGUUGUUUUCGUAUGAGUGUUUUUGUUAUGUCCUGUGUCUACUUUAUGUAUGUCAUAAUGUAGAUCUGAGGAAACUGAUGGAUUUUGAUAAGUGCAUUUUUAUGUAUAUAGCUGCCUUAUGCUACCACCCUAGAUGUGUGUUUUUCUCAGUGAAUGGUGAAAAAGGUGCUAUUGUUAUUAUCUAGCUGGCUAAUAUAUUAUUUACACAUGCAAGUAAAAAUAUACCGAAUCUGUGGCAGGUAUUUCUUGAUAAUUUUGAACGUUCUUUUAAAAAUGCAUUUAAAUAUAGGAACAAUGCACGCAAACAAUGUUUUAUUAUUAUGAACAUAGCUAAUUGUCAUAUAACUUUUUUUCAUUUCAUAAACAUUUUUAUGGCUUUACAUUGAAUGGUCACAAGAACAACAAUACAGUUAUGAAAUUUGGUAAAAAUGACCACAACAAAAAUAAUGGAAAAGGUUUUCUAAGUUUCCAUUUAUAUUGCAGUUUUAUGUUGAUUGCGCAUUUUGACCCAUUUAUAAAUAUACUUUUGACACGUCCAUGGAAAUGCUAGAGCUUGAACUAUUAGACUCACCUUACUUUCAUUUUUAUACGCCCGUCAAAAUUUUGACGGGACGUAUUAUGGUAUACAAAUGUCCGGUGUCCGUCCGUCCGUCUGUCCGUCUGUCCGGCGUAAACAUGUCGCACCGUAACUUGAGAACGACUUAUCCAAAUUUUAUGAAACUUAACAUAGUUGUUUCUUAUGAUGGUCAUAUGAUUUGUAUACUUUUUGGUGAAAACAAGAUUAACACUUUUUGAGUUACGGCACUUUGUAACUAAAACAGGGGUGUGUUUUUUUCACAUGUCGCACCGUAUCUCAAAAACGAUUCUUGAUUAUGGCUUAAAACUUCAAACACUUCUUAGUUAUAUUAAUCUUAAUAUCUGUAUACUUUUUCGUGAUGAUUCAAAAUUUUAUUUUUGAGUUAUUGAGUAUUUUGUAAAAAAGGGGAGGGUUUUUUUACAUGUCGCACCAUAUCUCAAAAACGAUUUAUGAUUAUUGCUUAAAACUUUACACAUGUCUUUGUUAUAUUAAUCUAAAGAUCUGUAUACUUUUUGUUGAUGAUUCAAAAUUUCAUUUUUUAGUUAUUGAGUAUUUUGUAAAAAAGGGGGAGGUUUUUUUUACAUGUUGUACCGUAUCUCAAAAACAAUUUAUGACUAUUGCUUAAAACUUUACACACUUCUUUGUUAUAUUAAUCUAAAGAUCUGUAUACUUUUUGGUGAUGACUUAAAACUUUAUUUUGGAAUUAUUGAGUAUUUUGUUAAACAGGGGAGGUUUUUUUUUACAUGUCACGCUGUAUCUCAAAAAUAAUUUAUGAUUAUCCCAUAAAACUUUACACACUUCUUUGUUAUAUUAAUCUAAAGAUCUGUAUACUUUUUGGUUUUGAUUCAAAAUUUUAUUUUAGUGAUAUUUAGUUUUUUGUAAAAAAAAAACAGGGUUGGGGGUUUCACAUGUCCCGCCGUGUCUCAAAAACAAUAUAUGGUUAUUGCUUAAAACUUUCUCAGAAACUAUUUAUGAUUAUUGCAUAAAACUUCCACACAAGACGUCGGGCGUAUCAUGCGCUCAUGGCGCAGCUGUUUAUUAGAGAACGCUACAAGACUAGUCCUUAGUCACGCGCAACCGUUUAUCUCUAACUUUAAAUAAGAUCUAACAACGAAAAUCGGAAACGAAUAAAAUUAUGUAUGAACGAAAAAAUAUCAUAAAAAAGGAUGAUCAGUACUUAGUUUAAACAUAUUUUAUUUGCCUAGAUAUGCACAAGGGAUGAGACACAAUCAAACUUAUAUAGUCUUCUCUCAGAUCAGUACUUUACUAGGUUAUAAAUAAAAACUUGUGUGCGUAAUAAUUUGAUUAUUUUUAGAAAGGUUAUUUUUUGGUUCAUGAAAUACUUUGUGAAUGAAAUUGUGCAGAUUGUAAAAUGUGAUAUUUAAAGCAUGUAACUGUUGAUACAUGUGGUUUCCUAUGUUUACAUGGUUUAAUUGUUUGUAUAUUAAAUUUGUGUACAAAUUC